UAUACUAUACUCUAUAGUACUAUACCAUGCUAUAUUGGACUAUGCACAUCCUCAUUUUAUAUUAAAAUUCCAAAUUCUAAUGACAUUUAGUCAGAAAUUACGUUAUGUAUUUAUUUGUAAAACAGUCCGUUUUUUGUUGUUGUGCUCAAGAUACUACUAAGAAACAUACUAAAGGAUGACUUUUACUGUAUGCAAUAUUGAUGCCCCCACAAUAUUUUGAAGGUCUUGUUGCAUUGGAAUCCAGUAUUGUGAGUAGUUUUUUAUCAGUUGAUUUUUUUUUAUCAGAACCAUUUGUAUACCUGUGCUAAAUUUGCAGUUCUCAGGAAGAUAUACAGCUUCCAUACUAACAGCCAGUCUAAUUCCUUUUAACAUGUAGUAGUCGCUCCUUCUAAGACAUACAUUCUUACAUUUAAAGGCGUGUAGUUCGUCUUGUUCGACUCAUAGUGCCGCUGUUGGUUAGUGGGUUGCAGCUGAGAGAAAAUAUAUCAGGCAGUUCCUCCCACUCGGCGUCGAGAGGAACAGUCAAACACAGACCGUCGUACUGUUAACAUGAACAGCAAGGCAGGAUAUUUCUUUUGUUUGUUCACGGACUAUUGAAGGACUUGGAUGUAUGCAUUUUGGAUAACUGUCCUCGCCGAUGAUUUCAGUUUAAAGUGAUACAUGUUUUACGUUUUUACGAAGAAAAUGCUGGGCAAAAACAGGACACGGCAAGUACUAUUAUUCCUUUGGAUCUUAAGCCUCGGUUUAGUCCGUGGACAGGUUAGCUAUUCAAUUCCAGAAGAAAUGCCUAAAGGCUCCUUUGUUGGAAACAUAGCGCAGGAUUUGGGAUUGGAUUUGAAAAGGCUGAACACGGGAAAAGCCCGCAUUUACACCGGAGACGAUACUGAACACAUCUCGCUGAACAAGGACAGGGGAGUCCUUUCUAUCAAAGAAAGAAUAGACAGAGAGGCAUUAUGUGAGCAGACUACGCCAUGCGCACUACAUUUUCAGAUCAUGCUAGAGAAUCCUUUGGAAUUCUACACAGUCACGGUAGAGGUAACAGACAUAAAUGAUAACCCCCCCGUUUUCAGGCAGAGUGAAAUGAAAUUUGAGAUAAACGAAUUGGCACAAACAGGCUCCCGUUUCGUUUUAGAGAGAGCGAAUGACGAAGACGUCGGUGUCAAUGGUCUCCAAAGCUAUACACUGAAUCCGACCGAUCAUUUCGUUUUACAAUUAUAUAGUGACCCAGAGGGAAACAAAAAUGUCGAAAUGGUCUUACAGAAAUCAUUAGAUCGAGAGAUAAAUGAUAAUUUAUCAUUAAUGUUGACAGCUUUGGAUGGAGGAGAACCCCAAAUGUCUGGAACAAUGCAAAUACAGAUCACAGUGUUGGAUGCGAAUGACAACGCACCAGUCUGCUCUCAGUCCGUCUACAAGGCAGUCGUGUCAGAGAAUUCGCCACCAGGGACUAUUUUAACUACAGUUAGUGCCUCUGACGCGGACCAAGGCUUACACGGAAUGGUGUCAUAUUCAAUUUCUACAAAAGGCGCAAAUUCCAUGUUCGACAUUGACUCCCGCGAAGGAGUGGUCAAAUUAAUUGGAAGCAUUGAUUAUGAAAAACAGAAAUAUUACCAACUAAAUAUCCAAGCUAGAGAUCACGGGGGGCAUGCUGAUGUAUGUAAAGUGAUGAUCAGUGUGAAUGAUAUAAAUGAUAAUAAACCAGUCAUAAAUAUAAUGUCGAAGUCAAAAGAAAUAUCUGAGGAUUCAGAAAAAGAAACCGCUGUAGCUAUACUUAGUGUACAAGACCCAGACUCUGGAGAAAACGGAAAGGUCCAGUGUUUCAUAAACGACAAUAUACCGUUUUCACUCAAAUCUACAUCAAGCAACUUCUUUAGUUUGGUCACUGAUAAUGAGUUGGAUCGAGAGCGACAGAAAGAUUAUAACAUAACCGUGACGUGCACUGAUGAAGGAGUGCCCUCGCUCUCCAACAGCGUCACACUCUCCUUGCAUAUAUCAGAUGUAAACGACAACGCGCCUGUCUUUGAAAAAGGUUCAUACGAGGCCUCCAUUCUAGAAAACAACUCACCGGGUCUAUCCAUAUUCGCCAUUCGCGCACAAGAUGCAGACUGGAACCAGAAUGCGCGUAUCUCAUACAUGCUAGAAGAAUCCACAAUAAAUGGAGUAUCUGUUUCAGCUUACGUAUCCGUCAAUGCUGAUAAUGGAGUAAUCAACGCACUGCGCUCUUUCGACUACGAACAAAUCAAAGAUGUCCAGUUUUACGUUAAAGCCCAAGAUGGAGGCUCUCCUCCACGGAGCAGUAAUGCGAGUGUGAGAAUCAUUAUUCAAGACCAAAAUGACAAUGCCCCUCAGAUGCUAUAUCCAGUGCACACAGGCAGUUCCCUUGUGGCUGAAAUGGUGCCUCGUUCAGCAGAUGUGGGAUAUCUUGUGACGAAAGUGGUGGCUGUUGAUGUGGACUCUGGACAGAAUGCCUGGCUCUCAUAUAAGCUGCAGAAAACCACAGAGAGGGCCCUGUUUGAAGUGGGUGCACAAAAUGGAGAAAUAAGAACCAUUCGCCAAAUCAAUGAUAAAGAUGCUGUGAAACAAAAGAUCUCCGUUGUAGUGGAGGACAACGGACAGCCCCCUCGAUCGGCUACGGUCAAUGUUAAUGUGAUCGUAGCAGACAGCUUUCCUGAUGUGCUCUCAGAGUUCAGUGACUUUACGCACGACAAGGAAUAUAAUGACAAUCUCACAUUUUAUCUCGUCUUAGCCUUGGCGGUAGUUUCUUUUCUUUUCAUCGUUUCCAUCAUUGCGAUUUUUUCAGUGAAAUGCUACAGGUGGAGACGAGAGCGGAUGUGUUAUAAAUCCAAUGGACACCUCCCUGUCAUACCGUAUUACCCGCCUCUUUACGCAGAUGCUGGCGGCACAGGAACUUUGCAACAUGUGUAUAAUUAUGAGGUGUGCAGAACAACAGACUCCCGAAAGAGUGAUCUGAAAAACAUGCGACCUUGUAGUCAAAGUAUAAUUAGUCUCAACACCACCGGAACCCUAACACUGCCACAUGCGCACAGAGAAAAACUCAUAAUUGAGGAUUCAGACGAUCAGGUGAGCUAAUAUUCAGAUAUUUUGGGGUUAUUGUACAUCACACAUUUAGUAUGUUAAGACAAUGUAAUGAUUUGCAAUGAUCAAUGACAACUUGCAAUAAUUAUGGCAAAAACAGUUGUUAGAGUCGAGCCAGUGUUGUCGCUGGCCUUGGUCCUGAUUUGAA